AUGGGCCCUGUGCAGCCACCGUCCCACCGAGCAUUCAUUGCUCUCGGGAGCAAUGUCGGGGACCGUGUCGACAUGAUCGAGGCAGCGUGUCUUGAAAUGGACCGGGUGGGCGUCAAGGUCCAACGCACAAGCUCCCUCUACGAGACGGCGCCCAUGUAUGUCCUCGACCAGGAUCCGUUCCUCAAUGGCGUCUGUGAGGUCGAAACCAGCUUGGGCCCGAUGGAGCUUUUGGAUACACUCCAGGGUAUUGAGAUCGCACUUGGGAGGAAGAAGUUGAUCGACAAAGGGCCGCGAUCUAUUGAUUUAGACAUCCUCCUCUACGACCAGCAAACCUUCUCCAACGAGCGCCUCACCAUCCCACACCAGUUGAUGCUCGAGCGAGAUUUCGUCCUCCGACCUCUGUGCCAGCUCAUCGGGCACGAAGUACCCCCCUUCCCAGACCACACAACCACCUACGAAUCGCACCUGGCAUCCCUCGCCCCGCCGCACCCACCCCCAACAGCAACGACGCCCAUCUCUCCCACCUUCGGCUCCCUCCACGCCACCGACACAGCGCGCCCAACCCACAUCAUGGCAAUCCUCAACCUCACCCCCGACUCCUUCUCCGACGGCGGCACCCAUUCCCCAACCGACCUCGCAUCCCUCACAACCACAGUCCGCGACUUCAUCGCCGCAGGCGCCACCAUAAUCGACAUCGGCGGUGAAAGCACCCGCCCCGGCUCGACCCCCAUCAGCGAAGAAGAAGAACUCGCCCGCGUGAUCCCCGCAAUCCGGCACAUCCGGACCACCAUCCCCGAAGCAUCCCCCAUCGCCAUCAGCAUCGACACAUACCGCGCGCGCGUCGCAGCCGAAGCCUGCGCCGCCGGCGCGGACAUAAUCAACGACGUCUCCGCGGGCCAACUCGACCCAGCCAUGCUCCCCACAGCCGCCAAGACCGGCAAAUCCAUCAUCCUGAUGCACAUGCGCGGCACGCCCUCAACAAUGACCAAGCUAACAGACUACCCCAACGGGGUCAUCACCGACGUCGGCGCCGAGCUGCGCGCCCGCAUCGCCGACGCCGAAGAAGCCGGCAUCCGCCGCUGGCGCAUCAUCCUGGACCCGGGUCUCGGAUUCGCCAAGAACCAGCCUCAGGACCUGGCUCUGCUGCGCGAUCUGCACGCGCUGCGCACGAGCACGCAUGGUCUGCAAGGCUUGCCGUGGCUGAUGGGGCCGAGUCGCAAGCGCUUCAUCGGUAGCUUGACGGGUGUGCGGACGGCGAAGGAGCGCUCUUGGGGCACGGCUGCUACUGUCACGGCUAGUGUUGCUGGCGGGGCGGAUAUCGUGCGUGUGCAUGAUGUGCGUGAGAUGUGGCAGGUUGCGAAGGUGGCGGAUGCGAUCUAUAGGGGGUGA